AUGCGCGUGCUCGUGACACUUGUGAUCGUCGCGAGCUUGCGCUUUGUGCACCAGGAGGUCAUUGAUGAUGUUUUGGACAGCUUGUCAAAAGGAGUGAAUUUUUUUGAGCAGCACAGCAGGAACAUGAACCUGGAUGGUGUUGUUGGUUUUGUCAUCCUGCAAGCCCAGUUACAGGAAGCCACGAAAUCCCAGACCCAUUCCGAUUCUCUGAACCUCUCUCAGCGCUCCAUCGCAGUGUCUCUGGUCAGAAAACUGGACAAAAGUUUGGCUCUUGCUGUCGCAUCUCUUCAGGAGACGGAUUCAAAAUAUUACAAAGAGUUUGAACCGGUAUUGUCGGCGUCUUUCUGGUCCUUGCCUCGUGAAUGGAUCUCGACGGACCCGUCCCUCGCGUACACGUCGCCGACGUCGAUCGAGUGUUACGACGAGCAGCUCGGGGAUAAGUGCAUGACGCUGCUUCUGGGAACCUGGAAAGAUGAUGGGACGCCGUGUAUCGUCACGAAGGCGUGCAGGGACACGAUGACGCGAUUCGGGUGUCCGAAUUACUCUCUAUCUCACCAGCUGCUCUACUUCAUGAUUGGGACCAUGAAAGGAUGUACCAGGAUGCUGAAGGGGGAGACGAGGCUCUCGCGGGUCAACAUCACUGUGGAACACUAUCAGAAGAUUUUCUGCUCCAACAUGAUGAAGAGUAACCAGGACAUGGGCAUCAAGGGCUUCACCGGGCAAAUCCAAGACAUCUUCAUGGAGAACAUCCUUUUAUGCGGCUUGGCUGGAUUCUCUGACUUUUAUAAAGCCACGUGGCUGCAGUACAUUCUGACCUGGCAGGAUAAAGAACUGGGCUGUUUCGGGAAAGACGAGGACUACUCACAAAUGUUUGAGGAAUAUUUGGAUGCAGCGCACAAGAGAGUGAAGAGAAGAGAGAAAACUCUGAAAGAUGGAUGCUCAAGUCACAUGACGGGCGUGGCCAUGAGUGCGCUGGGUGGUUACCUGAACUUUUACCUGUCUGAGCAAGACAUUACAAAACGACCACUGGUGUAAAAAAAAAAAAAAUUAUAAAACAACAAAUGAAGACAUUCAGUAACAAUCAGCACGUGUUUAUUCUAUAGAAAAAUAUUUAUAAAUUUUUUAUUUAACAGUCCAUAUUUUUUCUUGUGGUGAUAAACAAUAAAUAAACGUGGA